AUGGAGCGCUUUGUCCGAGUUCCCUGUGGCUUACACCAAGGCUAUGGAAGCACACAGCCUUUGAGUCACCCUGGCCUCUGGAGACACUGUAAACAACAAGACUGGAGGCAAAACAUGGGUCAUCCCAUUUUCCUAGCCAGGACAGGGCCUAUGGUAGCAGUGAAUGUCCCUGAGUUCCAUGAGUACCCUUACAAGAGGGCUCAGCUUCAGGCCAUUCUCACACAGAUGAACCCCAACCUGAGUCUACGGCUCUGCAAGGCCAACACUAAGGAGGUGGGUGUGCAGGUGAGCCUUCGAGUGGACAAGUCGGUGCAGUGCUCACUGGGGCCUCAGACCCUACAUAGCAGCUCCCACUGGGACAGAACCAACCUCAGGAAGCCUGCAGAAGCUUCCCGAAGAGGCUUGAUCCAGCUACCAAAGGAUGGGGAAGACAGAGAAAGCCAAGAGCUUACUGGACCUGCAGAGGCUAGUCAGCUGCUGCCACUUACAUCAAGGUCAGAUGGUGACAAGCAAGAGAAACUCCCACAGCUAAAGGAAGUGGGGGAGGAAGAUGCCCCCAGCGCUCGGGACAGGAAAAGCAAACUGGUAUGUGGAAACACAGCCCAGGAAACUCUCAUUUCUCUUUAUUUUCAGUUUUUGGAACCAAAAUACGGCUAUUUUCACUGUAAAGAUUGUAAGACCAGAUGGGAGAGUGCUUACGUGUGGUGCGUCUCUGGUACCAAUAAAGUUUAUUUCAAACAACUGUGUUGCAAGUGCCAAAAGAAAUUUAAUCCUUACCGAGUGGAAUCAAUCCAGUGUCAGACCUGCUCAAAACCCUGUUGCUGCUGUCCUCAAAAGAAAAGACACAUUGAUAUGAGGAGGCCACAUCGUCAGGAGCUCUGCGGUCGCUGCAAAGACAAGAAAUUCUCCUGUAGCGAUAUUUAUAGCUUUAAAUUCAUCCUGUGA